UAAUAUUUCUACAACCACCCCCACAAGUUGAAUUAAUAUUUUCAAUAGUCCUUCACUAUACUCUCACUAUAGUACUUACCUUCACAAGCUAUGGAGCACCCCAUAUAUCUAUAAUAUUAAUUUCAUGGCUUCAUAUUAUUGAGAUCUCCACCUAGAACCUACCUCCUCCCUUCUUCAUCUUCCCCUCCCACACCCUUCUUUAUAUAUAUUCCAUCCCCUCACUCCCAUACUCUUCAAUUUUCCACCAACCUAUCAUUCCAUUCCUCUCUCACUUUAAAUAGCUAAAAAUUGAUAGUGCUAUUAUAGCAAUCAACUAUACUUGAUGCUUGUUGCCUCGAAGCGCAUCUUAAUAUUGCAGUCGCAAUUACAAUUGCAGUCACAAUUACAAUUGCAUUCGAUUUUGUAAAACACGCAUAUUGAUUACAACAAUAAUACUAGAAAAUAUUUUCUCCUUUUCAAAAUGGAGGUGGUGCAACAAAGAAUAUUCAACUCAAUGGAGCGAAGACCAAGAAUGUUAAAGGAUUUUCUAAGCGAGAAUCCAAACUCAUGUUCCUCAAGCGGAUUCAAAUCAUUUCCAAGAACAACAACACAAAACGACGUCGUUAAACUCACACCAAUCAACAACAACACCAUUCAAAUCCAUCACACACUUUCAUCAUCAUCAUCGAAAUUUCAAACACUGAUACAAACCAUAAAAAACAACGUCUCAUUCUUCAAAAUUACAAAAUCACCCUCCACCAUGCUUUCUAUACCACGAAGCCUCUCACGAAAACUAUCAUCAAAGAGAAGAAGAAGCCGCCAAAGAUGCAAAGGAGAAAGAGAGAUCGAAAUCGAAUUCAGUACGGUGAAAAUCAAAGACAUCAUCCGGUGGAAAUCGUUCCGAGAUUUACAACCUUCCGUUCCGUCACCGCCGUUUGAUUUUAACCGUUAUGUAACGGAAUCGCCUACGGUUACAACUGGAACAACUUGUAGUAGUAGUUGCGAUGGUUCUAGCUGGAGUGACGGUGAUUUUUUUAAUGCUUUAUGGGAAGCGCAAAACGACGGCGUUGAAGAGAGUCAUAGAAAUUCGUUUUCAUCUGCUUUUGUCAGCAAGGAUUCGCUGGCACCGUUCGUUGGGGCCAAGGAAAAUUUGAUUUGCCAAGAUGAACAACACAGUCCAGUUUCAGUUCUUCAUGUUGCAGAACAUGAAUAUUCACUCUUCGACCAAAGCCUUGCCAAUAUUGAAAGGAGAAAACAAAAAUGCAGACAAACUGCUGAUAAAUUUGAGAGUCUUGUAAAAUUUGACCUUGCAAUUGCAAACCUAGAUAAAUGUCUUUCAUUAGAUGAGAAAUCAUACUAUGAUGAAGAAUAUAAAGAUGAUAAGGAGGAGGAGGAGAAAAAAAAUGAAGAACAAGAUUGGGUUGAGGAAAAGGCAAACCAAUUGCUACAUUGUGUUAAAGCAACAAGUUCAUCAUUGCAAAAUUGUGAUGACAAUUUAGGUAUAGUUUUGUUGGAAUUUUUCAAAGAAGAACUAAACGGUAAUAGAAACCAAAAGAGGGGUGAUGAGGGGUUUGAGUUGGAGAUAUUGACAAUGGCUGAAGAUUGGAUAAAUGAGUCAUUUGAAAAUAACUAUGAUAUUGUGCAUGUUAAUAAAGGUGCUUAUAUCAAGGAAAUGGAUAGGAGAAAUAGGUGGUGUAGGUUUGAGGAGGAGCAAGAGGAAUUGGUUUUAGAGAUUGGGGAAGCUAUAUUGCAUAGUUUGGUUGAUGAUAUUUUUGAGACGGAUGGUUGAUGAGAGGAUUAGGGACCUUAUUUGGACCAUGCUAUACUCACCCUAUGAGACCCUCACCAAGUGCACAUGGAUUGCUUUGGGAUACAACUCACAAUUUAUGAUACUCUUGAAUAAGGGUGAUUAGAGAUGUUGCACAAGGGUUGUAAUGGGUACAUAUAUGUAAAUCAAUUGAUGGAUUUCAAGGCAUAACUCAUGCCUUCUUUUUAGGGCAGGUACUUCAGAAGUCUUUAAUUGUUCAACAUAUAUGUAAAUAAGUCAAUAAAAAUGUGCUUUUCUUGAUAAUUAA